UUAGGACUCCUGAAUACUAGCAGAACCACUGAAGACAAAAUGGCUGAGAAAUUGGAGGGUUUCCUAAAAUGUCACGUCUGCUCAAAGACUUUCAAAGAUCCUGUGUCUCUGGGCUGCCACCACAUCUUCUGCUCCAGCUGUCUGACUAAGUUCUGGGAUCAGGCUAAAAACAAGAACUGUCCAGUCUGUGAGAGAAAAUCCUUUAAAGAAGUCCCAGGAGGAAACUUUUCAUUCAAGGAUUUAGCUGACUCAUUUGCUGGGAGACAGAAAGCAGGAUCGUCUGAGAGAGGAGAGGAGAGGGGGGGGGUGGUGUGUAGCAAACACUCAGAGGAGCCUAAGUGGUUCUGUGAGGAGGAACAGAGAGCUGUGUGUCACAUCUGUGAGCUCCCUGAAGACCACGACCACAAGGUGGUUCCUCUGGAAGAAGCAGUGAACAGCCUGAAGGAGAAACUGAAGGGUGUCUUACAGUCUCUGCAGGACAAGCAGGACAAAUACAAACAUGUGGAGGAGACGUACCAGGAAGUAAUGCAGCACGCUAAGAAGCAGCUGGUCACCACGGAGACACAGAUCAGGGUUCAGUUUGAGAAGCUGCACCAGUUCCUGAGAGAGGAAGAGAAAGCCAGACUGGCAGCUAUGAGGGAGGACGAGAAGGAGAAGGGGAAGACCAUCUCCAGAGAGAUGAAGAAGAUUCAGGCCCAGAUCUUCUCUCUCUCCGUCAGCAUCUCUGCUGUGAAACGGCAGCUGCAGAAACAGAAGGUGUCGUUUCUCUGCAGCUAUAAACACACUCAGUCCAGCACCAGAGCCAGGUUCGCACUGCCGGAUCCACAGCUGGUCUCAGGAACGCUGAUAGACGUGGCCAAACACCUCGGCAACCUGACCUUCAGAGUGUGGGAGAAGAUGAGGGGGGUGGUCAGCUUCACUCCUGUCAUUCUGGACCCCAACACUGUAAACCCCUGUCUCUCUCUGUCUAAUGAUCUGACCAGUGUUAGAUACACGGACUCAAAGCAGCAGCUCCCUGACAACUCAGAGAGGAACACCAAGUACGCCACUGUUCUGGGUUCUGAGGGGUUCAGCUCAGGGAAGCACAGCUGGGAGGUGGAGGUGGGGGACCAUCCUGCCUGGAAUAUAGGUGUGGCCAGAGAGUCAGUAGACAGGAAGGGGGAGCGUAAAGCAUCCCCAGAGUAUGGAGACUGGUGUAUACUACAGAGGAGUGGUGAGUAUGAAUAUGGCGGAGGAGGAACUCUCCCUCUGAAGAGAAGACUCCAGAGGAUCAGAGUUCAGCUGGACUGGGACAGGGGGGAGGUGUCCUUCUACGACCCUGAAGAUAUGACUCACAUCCACACUUAUAAAAACACCUUCACUGAGAAACUCUACCCAUACUUCUCUAUUGGAGAAGCUGGUGAUGCCAAUCACCCUGACGUAAAGAUCUACCAAUCAGAGGUGUCUGUGAUGUCAUCCCAGUGAGGUGUGAGGUAGUUGUAGUCCCACUCCUCUGAACUGCAGUGGUCAGGUUUCAUGUUGCUGUUCCCUAAGGAAAUGAACCUGGUUGAUGAUGAUUGAUGAUGAUUGAUGAUUGAUGAUGAUUGAUGAUGAUGAUGAUGAUGAUGAUGAUGAUGAUGAUGAUGAUGAUGAUGAUGAUGAUGAUGAUGAUUGAUGAUGAUGAUGAUGAUGAUGAUGAUGAUGAUGAUGAUGAUGAUGAUGGUAGAACAUGCAGGAGGAAGAUCCCACCUCUCUGCUCUGUUGGUCACUCAUGAAGGAUGUUAAAGUGCAGUUUGAGAAUCUGAUGGUUGAUGACCUGGUGGGUGAUCUGCAUUUGACAGCAGAGCGAGAGGUUGCAAGUUCAAAUGUCUCCCUGAAUGUUGCUUUAGAUGAAAGCAUCUGAUGAACACAUUAUUAUUCUUAUACUUUCUAUAUGCGUUUUGUGGGGAGGAGGGCUUGAUCAUGUAUCGUGUAUUUAGAUUUCUGAAAGGAGGUGUGGUGGAAGGUGGGGGUUGCUGUAUUCAUGUUAAGAUAUCUUUGUAGUGGAGUUAUAUAAUAAUGACUGGAUCUAGGUGUUCUGGGGUGAUGUAGUAAUGAACUGAGGUAUUUAUGUUGAAGGGGAUUUUAUCACUGUCACAGAAAUUAGGGUGUGUGUUCUUUGUAGACUGAGAUGAGCAGAAAGUUGGGGAAUUCAAAUAAUUAUAUUUUCAAAUAUGUUAAUGAGGGUUCAGGAUUAAGCAGCUUGUAUGUUGUCCUAUGACUGAGUGAAACAGAUUUUGUUUUUUUGAUUUCUGUUGUAAAAUAAAUGGUAAACUGAU